GGAGUAAGCAGAUUCCAAAAUACCACUGACAUUGAACGAAUAGAGAGCGAGGCGUGUACCGUGUGUUCCAGUCUAAUUAAUUUAAUAUCAGCAAUAUGAAUUACACUGUACGAGACUCCACGCCAGGAGACUGUAAAGAUAUAAUGCGGUUGAUCGUGGAUUUGGCAGAGUAUGAGAAAAUGCCAAAUGAAGUUAAACUUUCCCACAAAGAACUAGAAGCCGACGGAUUUUCAAGCAACCCUUUCUUUAAGUGUUUAGUGGCUGAAGUUCCCGAGGAAUUCAAAAGCAAAGAAGGGCACACGAUCGUGGGCUACGGCUUCUAUUUCUUCACCUAUUGCACGUGGAAAGGAAGAGUCGUCUAUCUGGAAGACCUGUACGUGAUGCCGGAGUUCAGAGGAAAAGGAAUUGGGAAAGCACUGAUGAGUCGCAUUGCACAGAUCGGCCGGGCGCAGGGCUGUGUUCGGAUGCAGUUCACCGUGCUGGAUUGGAAUAAGCCUUCCCUGGAUUUCUACAGCAGCCACGGAGCUGUGAAUCUGACCGCCACCGAGGGCUGGCAGAUGCUGCGUUUCGAGGGUGAAGCCUUAGAGAAGCUAGCCCAAAACGCCAACUGAAGAGGGGCUGACCGACAGAGAGGCGCAGGGGCCACCCAUCUCCACAGCGUGGCCUCCUCGAUUCAGAGCCACUAGCUGGGCAGUCUGUAGAAGCAGAGUUUAGUCCCAGCUUUAAACUGCAGUCUGUUUUUUUAUUUUUUAAAGUUGGUCAUGUUGUUGUUGUUGUUCUUUUCCAGAAUGUUUUGGCCGUUGCUGUGGUCCUUUAGGGUUGUAUUUUUCAAAGCAGGGAUUUAAAUAAAGCCCCCAUUGCAGAGCAUUA